AUGUCAACACACUACGUCAGCCAGAUUGCACCGAACUACGUUCACUCCAGCAUGCAGUCCAACAGUCCAGAUGAUUCUUUCACUUUUACGGUGGGCAAGCUCGAUGCUGGUAUGGCGAUCUUGAUUGGUGAGAAGGCCUCGCUUAUCGAGUUCCCUUCUUUGCUGCUUCCGCCGGGCGUCUCUUCCGGUAGCGUCGUCAACAUCCGUGUUAUGCGCAAUGAUCAGCAAGAGCGUCGCCAAAAGGCUGACUUCGAUCAGUUGCAAGAAGACAUCCUUCACACAUUCGGCCAACAGUCGCCAAAACCACCUGCGCUGCGUCUACGCAACGUCACUCAAACUUCGGUCACACUCGAAUGGGAUCGUUUGACCCUCGCUACAGCAACCCUGCUCUCCCUCGACAUUUACCGAAACGGGCAGCGUCUAGCUCCCAUCCCCAACCCACUCCACAAUACAUCCACCAAACUAUCCGGCCUCGACGUCAACGCAGAAUACACCUUUCAUCUCGUUAUGAAGACCACCGCCGGCACUUUCUCUUCCCCCAUUAUAAAAACUCGAACCCACACCAUCAACGACACUUCCGGUAUCAGUGUCUGCUUUGGUCACGUACACGAUCCUGAAAUGCUCGAAGCUGCCAAAACCGCUCUCUCCAACAUGAAAGCGAGAUGGAGCGAUAGGAUUCAGAUCGACACAACACAUUACAUCUGCACGGAUCCCAGGAAUCCCGGCGAUGUCCAUGCACAACAGGGAUCGCAGGGUAAUGGGUAUAGUAAGGCGAUGCAGUUGAGUAUUCCAGCGGUGCUGCCGCAUUGGAUCUUGGCUUGUCAUGAUCAGAAGAAGAUGGUAGGCAUUUCGGCGUUUUACUUGGAUCAAGAUCCGCCUAAUGCUAGUACGAUUAGAGGUAGUAUUGAUAGGGUUUUGGGGAAGAUGGGUGGGUCGAAUGGUGCGGCGGCGGGGUCAGCGGCGGGGUCAGUGGCAGGAGUUGCGGCAGGAGAAGCAGCGGCAGCGACUACAACGGCUUCGUCAGCAAAUAUCACUCCUCCGCCACCAUUGGAGAAGGAUACUCAACCUCCAGCAGUGGCGGUGCCAGCUAGCGAGACAACAGCCGAAGCAGACAAGGAAGCAACUAGCGCCGCUACUGAGCAAGCACAACCUCAGGAGCCUGCACCACAACCUCAAUCCGAGGCAUCAGGCUCAGCCCUCGGCCUAAACCUACACAAUGACGACGAACACGCACCAUCAUCUGAAGCGCAAACUCAACCGCCACCGCCCAUCAUCACCACCUCUGCACCAUCUGAGGAUGGAGAUGCCGAACCCGAAGCUCAAACCGUCGCCGCAGCUGAGACCGAGGAGACAGCAGCAGCUCCAGUCCGAGCUCCACCACAGGUUGUGAUCAUUCCAUCUGACUCGCAAGAGGACAUUCUUGGAGGAGCUACUGCAUCGAAAAGUGCGGAUGUAGAGGCAGAGCAGCAGCAACGAGAAGCUCUAGGAGGGGAAGAUGAUGAGGACGGAGAUGGAGAGAUGGACGAUGUUAGUUUGGGCGGUGGGGUGAAUGCUGAUGACGAUAACUGA